CACAAGAGAAGCCCUGGGAAACAAGCCAUGUCCCGAUGGGAUGUGGAGAUGUCUGACUAAAAAGACUGGACUUUAUGUUUUGAGCUAUCAUCUACUGGAUAUAAAGCUAUUUUCUUAUUAAAGGUACAGUUGUACCACACUUGCCUGAGUAAGUUUGUUCUGCAUGUGGGAGAGAACAUAAGGGGAGGAAUCUGUUGCCUUGCAAGAUGGAGCCUGCUAUGCCAGCCCCGCCCACAUUGGUGGAGAAUGCGGGCAGCGACCCUAGGGCGGGACCAAGGGCUAAACAGGAACAGUUAUUCCAUUGGCUUACUGAGCAACAGCAAAUUCUCCUCCAACAUUUGUCCUCCCAACAAGCCAGGUUCUUAGAGCAGGCCUGCAGGGCCCAGCGGCAAGCCCAAGAACAAUUGGUCACGAAGUUGGCUGAUUUGUGGCGAGCUCAGCGGCUGGGGUCAACAGAAGAACAGGAAAGGGCGUUGAUGGGGAUGAAGAGGUUAAAUCCCCUGAGACUCAUGAAGAUGGGGCCCCAAGAUGAUGUAGAAGCAUUUCUAAAUACGUUUGAGAGAGUGGCAACCGCGGCCCAAUGGCCACAGGAACAAUGGGCCCUGAUUUUGACUCCGUGCCUAACAGGAUCGGCACAAGAAGCCGUAGACACAAUGUCCUCCGAGGAGGCAAAGGAUUACCAAAAAGUAAAAGAGACAAUUUUACAAACACUUAACAUCUCGGAGGAAACAUAUCGCUUAAGACUGAGAGACCUACAGUGGAAGCCAGGCCUGCACCUGAGGACCUUGGGACAGAAGAUGCGUGCCUGUGGCUUGCGGUGGUUAAAACCUACGGAGAGGUCAGCAGGAGAGCGGAGGAGAGUGAGUUGGUGAGGCCCCGACGAUGUCCAGAGGUUAUUCCGCCAGGAGGAAGCCGGGUUCUACCUAGCCAGGAAAGAGGACUUGAGCCAACCCUGGCGGGAAUGCAUCGUGGAUUGGAGGAAGAGGCACUUGCGGAAACGGAGCAAGCUGAACCUCAAAGAACAACAAAAGCUGACCCUAAGGUGACGGCUCGUCGUCCGGUGGUCUGUUACGCUUGUGGGAUGGAGGGCCAUAUUCGUCGACAUUGUCCCGGUAU